ACCUCUUCCUCUACUCUUCCCCCGGAAGUGUUAAAGCUCCUGGGUUGAGUGACGCCGGGUUGCGGGAGGAGGUGAACGGAGCGGAGGCGGAGGAGAUAGGAGGAGGGUGGGUGAGACGUAGCGACGAGAAGAAAGAGGACUAGAGAAGAGGUGGAGGGCUCUCCUCCUCGUCGAGCGAGCGGCCGUGGAGAGGAGAGGAGACGCAAAUGGCCGCCCUGGCGCUGCUCAGCUACGAGAAUAGGCCCCUCAAGAGGCCUCGUUUGGGACCCCCAGAUGUCUACCCGCAGGAUCCCAAGCAAAAGGAGGACGAGCUGAAUGCCGUGAAUGUGAAGCAGGGCUUCAGCAAUCAGCUGGCCUUCUCCGGCGAUGAGCAUGGCAGCGGAAGGAGUUUCCUCAACCAGAUUGUACCAGCCAAGAUUGGCGCAUACUUCAGCGACAUACUCGCGGAGAAGUUCAAGCUGAACACGUUUCAGGACACGGGAAAGAAGAAACCGCAAGUGAACACAAAGGACAACUACUGGCUGGUGACGGCCCGCUCGCAGUCCGCCAUUCAUAACUGGUUCACAGACCUGGCCAGCAACAAGCCUCUCACAGGGCUCACCAAAAAGGUGCCCAUUCUCAGUAAGAAGGAGGAGGUGUUUGGAUACUUGGCCAAGUACCUGGUGCCUCCCAUGCGUGCCGCGUGGCUCAUCAAGAUGACGUGCGCCUACUACGCCGCCGUGUCGGAGGCCAAGAUAAAGAAGCGCCAGGUCAUCGACCCGUGCCUGGAGUGGACCCAGAUCCUCAUACGGUACCUGCGGGAGCAGCUGAGUAAGAUCGCGGAGCACUACGUGGCGACGGCCAGCCAGGGCGGCCAGAGCGGCACCAACCCUUCCACCUUGACGCCCGAGGCCGAGCAGGCCAUGAAGCAAUGGGAGUACAACGAGAAGCUGGCCCACUAUAUGUUCCAGGAGGGCAUGCUGGAGCGGCACGAGUACCUGUCGUGGGUGCUGGAGGUGCUGGAGCGGAUCAAGCCGGCCGACGACGAGCUCCUCAAGCUGCUGCUGCCUCUCGUUCUGCAGUACUCGGAUGAGUUCGUUCAGUCGGCCUACCUGGCGCGGCGCCUGGCGUUCUUCUGCGCCCGCCGCCUCUCGCUGCUGUUGGGCGACCCUUCAGCCGCCACGGCCAUGACCGGCCACGGCACGGGCCCUCGCUCCCACUCGCCGCUCCUCGGCCUUCCCUCCGGCGCCGGCGUCGGGGGGGGCGGCGGCGGCGGGAACAGCGCCGGCGGCGCAGCCGGCGUGGCUCCUGCGGCGCCGGCGGGCGGCAGCGCCCAGGGGACCCCGUCGGUGACCACGACCACGGGAUCCACCCCUCCUCCGCAGCCGCCCACCGGCUCCGCCAACCCGACGCACCCGGCAUUCGCCGACUUCCAGUCGUGCCCCCAGCACCGCUCGCUCAUCUACGGGCUCAGCUGCAUGCUGCAGACGGUGACUCUGUGCUGCCCCAGCGCCCUCGUGUGGAAUUACUCGCAGAACGAGAGCAAGACCAAUACGCCUGGCUCACCACUCGACCUGCUGCCACUUGCGCCCUCCAGCCUGCCAAUGCCCGGGGGAAACAACGCCUUCAACCAGCAGGUGCGUGGGAGGUUGAGGCAGGUCGAGCAGCAGAUCCGUCAGCGAGGUCGUGCCGUGGAGGUACGCUGGUCCUUCGACAAGUGCCAGGAGUCGACCGCGGGAUUCACCAUCAGCAAAGUCCUCUACACGCUGGAGCAGCUUGACAAGCACUGCUUUGACCGCUCCGACUCCAGCAGCUGCCUUGACUCGCUCUACAACAAGAUAUUCUGCUCCCCGCAGAGCAAGGACGGUCAGGAGGUGGCUAUGCCUGACGACGCUAUCGUGACGCUGCUCUGCGAGUGGGCCGUCAGCUGCAAGCGUUCGGGGAAGCACCGCGCCCUGGUGGUCGCGCGGCUUCUCGAAAAGCGUCAGGCGGAGCUGGAGGCCGAUCAGCGCUGCGGUGAGUCGGAGGUGCUGGACGAGAAGGAAUCGAUCUCGUCGGGCUCACUGGCCGGCGCCAGCCUCCCCGUCUUCCAGAACGUGCUGCUGCGCUUCCUGGACACGCAGGCGCCCAUCAUAACCGACCCAAGCAACGAGAGCGAGAAGAUGGAAUUCUCCAACCUGGUGCUGCUGUUCUGUGAGCUGAUGCGCGCCGAGGUCUUUUGGCACGACGGCUACAUGUGCACGCUGAUCUCGCGCGGCGAGCUCGCCUGGGGUGGCGCGGCCGCCGCAGCCGCCGUUGCCACCGCCGCCGCGGCCGCAGCGGCCGCAGCGGCCGCUUCCACCUCGUCGUCGUCGGGGGGGGGCCCGGGCAGCGGCGGAGGAGGAGGGGGCGCCUUAGGGGUCUGCUCCGGCUCCGUGGGGGGAGCCGGGCAUCAAACGCCGUCGCCGCACCCCCACACGGUGCCCGACGGUUCGGGAAAGAUGCAGCAUUCCCAGCACCAUUCGUCCGACAUGAAGGAGGAGUCUGGCAUGGUUGAGUCCAUGGAAAUGGACUCUGGGGCAACAACUCUCUUUGAUGAUUUGGACAAGAGCGACUACAAGGCUGAGUUCCCGACUGACUUCAUGGUGGUGCAUGGGAAGGAGAUGUUUUCUCCUCUGGACACGGACCCGCUGGCUUCGGAGCCCAAGCCCAGCCCGGCGUCGGAUAAACCCACGCAGACCAAAGAGGACAAGCCCCUUCGCAAGGAGAAGCCCCUGGACCCCAUCUUCCCUCCGACGCACGAGCUGCCCCGCCACCUGCAGUAUGCGCUGCACUUCCCCAUUGUGCAGGACGAGUCGUCGGUGCACGAGUGCAACCAGCGGCUGAUUGUGCUGUACGGCGUUGGGCGCCAGCGCGACGAGGCGCGGCACCACAUCAAGCGCAUCACCCGCGACAUCCUCAAGAUCCUUAACAAGAAGAGCACGGCCGAGACCGGGGAGGAGAAUCAGAAGAGCAAGAGGAGUAAGCCGGAAUCCUUCCCGACGCUGGAAGGCAUCUUCUCUCGCUUCCAACAGCUCUCCUACUUCGAUCAGCACCAGGUCACCUCGCAGGUCGCCAGCAAUGUGCUCGAGCAGAUCACGAGCUUCGCAUCGGGGACGUCAUACCACCUGCCGCUGGUGCAGCACAUCCAGUUCAUCUUCGACAUCAUGGAGCACUCUCUCAACAUCCACGGCCUCAUCGACUUUGUCAUCCAGCUGCUGAAUGAGCUGAGCGUAGUGGAGGCAGAGCUGCUGCUGAAGUCGUCGAGCCUGGCUGGGAGCUACACCACGGGGCUGUGCCUGUGCAUCGUGGCUGUGCUGCGUCACUACCACGCCUGUCUGCUGCUCGGGCCGGACCAGACAGCGCAGGUGUUCGAGGGGCUGUGCGGCGUGGUGAAGCACGUGGCCAACCCUUCGGACUGCUCUUCCCCCGAGCGCUGCAUUCUCGCGUACCUGUACGACCUGUGCGUGUCCUGCAGCCACCUCAAGAGCAAAUUUGGGGACCUCUUAAGUGGCGCCUGCUCCAAAGUGAAGCAAACCAUCUACUGCAGCGUGACGCCCUCCACGUCCAACCUGCUGUGGGACCCCGAGUUCAUGCAGGACUACAUCGAGCACCCGGACACGCAGAUCAACUACUCGCUGCUCGGCAAGGUGCUGCAUGACAGCGCGGUCCACCGCUACAGCUUCGUGUGCAACGCGCUCAUGCACAUCUGCACGGGCCACCAGGAUACGGAUCGGAUAAACGACGUGGGGAACCUGUGCGCCGAGCUGACCGCGUGCUGCACCACUCUGAGCUCCGAGUGGCUGGGGGUGCUCAAGGCCCUCUGCUACUCCUCCAACCACGGCUGCGGCUUCAAUGACCUCCUGUGCAGCGUUGACGUGAGCGACCUGUCAUUCCACGACUCGCUAGCCACCUUCAUCGCCAUCCUCAUCGCUCGCCAGAGCUUCUCGCUUGAGGACGUCAUUCAGCACGUGGCGUUGCCCUCCCUCCUCGCCGCUGUGUGCGGAGACUCUGACGCAGAACCCGGAGCUCGGCUCACCUGCCGUCUGCUGCUGCACCUCUUCAAAACUCCUCAGGUCACGCCGUCCACGCCGCCAGGAGGUAAGUCCAGCCCUGGCAUCCGCUCAUCGUGUGACCGGCAUCUGCUGGCCGCGGCUCACAACAGCAUCGAGGUGGGGGCUGUCUUCGCUGUGCUCAAGGCCAUCCUCAUGCUCGGCGACAUUGAUCUGGGUGGGCAAGGCCUGCACAGCUCGCACGGCGACGACGUGAGCGUGGCGAGCCUGCUGGCGCCUAUCCGGGGUCUCGACGACGCCGCCGACGACGAGGUCCUGAGCGGCGGCGGCGGCGGCGGCGCCGGGGGUGCCGGUGCCGGCGGCCCCGGUGGCGGCAAAGGGGCCCGGCCGGGCGGGCGCGUCACCGCCAUCGAGACGGCGAGCCUCAGCGAGUACGCCAAGUUCGCGCUCAAGACCAUCUGCCAGCAGGAGUGGGUGGGCGAGCGCUGCCUGAAGGAGCCCGAGUCGCUGCGUGACGACAAGGACCUGCUGCUGGACCCCGUGCUCUCCAACAAGCAGGCGCAGCACCUGCUGCAGCUCAUCUGCUACCCCCACGGGCUGCCCGAUGCGCAGGACUCGGACAACCCGCAGAGGCAGCGCAUCAAGCGCAUCCUGCAGCACCUAGACCAGUGGACGCUCAGGCAGUCGUGGUUGGAGCUGCAGCUGAUGAUUAAGCAGUGUCACAACUCCGAAAUGAACAACCUCCUGGAGAACAUAGCCAAGGUGACCAUCGAAGUCUUCCAGCAGUCGGCCGAGAUGAACAGCUCCUCCAACCUCAUGUCGCUCGGCCUUUUGGGACACGGAGGGGGCGGCCCUGGCACAGGUGUCGGCAGCAGCGAUGCUGCGCAGAACGCAGCCGCGGCCGCCAAGAAGAAGCCCUUCCUCAGCUCGUCAGAGCGCAAGGGCGUGUGGCUGGUGGCGCCGCUCAUCGCCAAGCUGCCCAGCUCGGUGCAAGGCCGCGUGCUCAAGGCGGCCGGAGAGGAGCUGGAGAAGGGCCAGCACCUCGGGUCCUCCUCCAAGAAGGAGCGCGACCGACAGAAACAGAAGAGCAUGUCGCUGCUGAGCCAGCAGCCCUUCCUGUCCCUGGUGCUCACCUGUCUCAAGGGCCAGGAUGAGCAGAGGGAGAGCCUCCUAACGUCUCUGCAGAACCAAGUCAACCAGAUCGUGAGCAACUGGCAGGAGGAGCGGUACCAGGACGACAUGAAGGCUCGGCAGAUGAUGCACGAGGCGUUGCAGCUUCGUCUCAACCUGGUCGGAGGGAUGUUCGACACGGUCCAGCGCAGCUCGCAGUGCACGACCGAGUGGGCGGUGCUGCUGCUGCAGAUCGUCAGCACGGGCACCGUAGAUGUACAGACCAACAAUGAGCUCUUCACGACGGUGCUCGACAUGAUCGGUGUGCUCAUCAACGGCACGCUGGCCUCGGACCUCUCGAGCAUCUCGCAGGGCAUCAUGGAGGAGAACAAGCGCGCCUACAUGAACCUUGUCAAGAAGCUGAAGAAGGAGCUGGGCGACAAGCGUUCGGAGAGCAUCGACAAACUGCGCCAGCUGUUGCCGCUGCCCAAGCAGACGGUGGACAUCAUCACGUGCGAGCCCAUGGGCUCCCUCAUCGACACCAAGGGGAACAAGAUCGCCGGCUUCGACUCCAUCGACAAGAAGCAGGGCCUGCAAGUGUCCACCAAGCAGAAGGUGUCUCCCUGGGACAUGUUCGAGGGCCAGAAGAACCCGGCGCCGCUGUCGUGGGCGUGGUUCGGCGCGGCGCGAGUCGAGCGUCGAGCCCCACGUUACGAAGAGCAGCACCGGCUGCUGCUCUACCACACCCACGCGCACCCUCGCCCGCUGGCCUACUACCUGCACCCCAUCCCGCUCCCACCGGAGGAGGUGGAACCGCCGGCGCCUCCGUCGGCGGGGCCAGUGGGGGGCGGCGCGGACGGCGACCGCAAGCAGGCCGAAGCGUCCGUGGAGGCCGCCAAGCCUCCGGAGGAGGACAAGAAACCCAAGAACACGCGCAAGCGCAAAAAGCCGAGCCAGAAGGAGGAGUACCCGCAGAACAGCUACAACCGAAUGCCGCCAUUCGGAACGAUACCACCACCGCAGAUGAUGCACACCACACACCCGCCCUACCAGGGCCUCGGCUACACCACCAUGAACCAGCCACUGCAGACCAAUUACUACACUCCCAGCCAGCCGCUUGCACCAGGCGGACCGCGGAUAGACACGAGCCGGCCGUUCCCGGGCGCCAACACGAAGCAGCUGCUCACCGACAUGCUGAUGCGGCGAGGAUCCCUUCCCCAGCCGCCAGGACCGGGCCCCGGCAUGCCUCCCCACCAACAGCAGGCACAGGCACAGAACCAGCAACAGCAGCAGCAGCAGCACCAGCAGCAGAUGAUGCACAUGAAGAUGAUCCAGCGGCACACCUUAAUGCGCCACCCGGCACAAAUGAGGCCUUUUGCACAGGUGCAGGGCCAGGCGAUGGGCCAGGGAGCCAUCUACUCGCAGCCCGUACGGCAGCCUAACCCCCUCGCUCAGUACAGCGCAAUGCAGCAGCCAGCUCAGGCAAUGUCUCAGGGCUACGGCGCUUUCUCUGCGGGCGGCGGCGGCGGCGGCGGCAACGGAGGCGCGGGGGCCGCCGGCGCCAGCGGGGCCCCCAUGGUCGUGAGUGGGCAGCACGGUUCGCAGACGGCGCUCCUGUCACCGGGCUACACGGGACAGCCCUACCAAGCGGGGCCCGCGCCAGGAGCCGGAAUGGUGGACUCGCUGCGGCAGAUCCAGCAGCAGCAGCAGCAACAGCAGCAGCAACAACAGCAGCAACAACAGCAGCAGCAACAACAGCAGCAGCAGCAACAACAGCAGCAGCCUAGUGGCUACGUACACCAGCAGGCCCCGGCUGCUUACCCACGCAACCUACAGAACACACCCCGACUUUCACAUCAGCCCAUGCAGCAGGGUGGAAUGCUGUCGAGCAUAGAGCAGGUGCCGACCGGCCCAAUGCAUUCUGGCAUGGCGCAGAUGACACCGGAGAUGCGACACAGGAUGCAACAGCAGCAGCAGCAGCAGCAACAGCAGCAGCAACAGCAGCAGCAGCAGCAACAACAACAGCAGCAACAGCAACAACAGAGGAUCAUACAGCUUCCGCAACAGCAGGCUCCCCAGCCGGCACAGCAGCCCCCCAUGGGCAUGCAGCCCAUUCAGCAACAGCAAACAAUGCAAACACAACAGCAGCAGCAGACGGCUGCUCUGGUUCGCCAGCUGCAGAAGCAACUCUCAAGUGAGUCACUCGCCCGACAAACCAGCGGUCAGAAACUCAUACGUGCGCACGCACACACACACACGCAUACAUAUGCUGCACGCAAAUAACAGCAAAUAUGCCUUUAUGCCUGUCUGAUAUGUUUGCUAUGAACCAGAACAUAUAUAUAUAUAUGCGUGUAAAAGAGAGUUGCUUGUUAGGGACACAGAUGAGGGAAUGGAGGUGGGUUGAAGGUGUCCUGAGCUUUAACAGCAAGUUACUUUUAUUGUUGAGAAGGCUAAGGGAGCAGUUGGGAUUGAGACGAGGCGGAGAGACGGUGAAACGAGAAGGGCCAUGGAGAUGCCACCGGCGUCGGGUAGGAGGAGUAGAGGGAGACCGAGGGUGGGAGAUGGGAGGAUGCAGUGGAACGAGAUGUAUGUAUGAUUAAUUUAUUUUCGCACCGACCGUACGUGUAGCCAAUUAGCACGGUUGGGUACGUACGCUGCAAACGAAGUUCAACAUACAUCCAGCCGCGCUAAUCGGAGGUGCCGGCGAAGGACAACAAACUAGAGACGCUGAGUAAUUUCGAAAGAAGUUAGUUUUUAAUUUAGAUUUAAAAGUGCAUAGGGUCUAGUGGCUUCCUCAUAUCAGAAGGAAGAGCGUUCCAGACGGCCGCGGAAGUGCUUCUGAAAACGCGCGAUGCGGUGUUGACCGUCUUUGUUCAGCGGUUAGCCAAAAGCCACUGCAAGGAUGGCUCCAGGGUUUGUCUGGAUUACAGAGAGAGGAGGCAGAAUAAAACACAGUGGGGAAUGUUAGCGUAUGAGCAGAGAGAGAGAGAUACAUGUACAAAUUUAUGUAUUUGGCCAUAGAGAGUUUCAAUCGAUAUUUAUUAAUUUUUUACCGUCUCUUUUUUGGUCAUGUCACACUUGCAUGAAAUGUUUGCAUUUUUUCUGUUUUUCCUGUCAUGUGAUUUUGAUUUGCCAUUAACAUAUUUUUAUGACGCCCUUUUGAUCUGAAUUGUCACUCACUCAUCUGCUCGCCGCUCUCUUCGCGAUCCCACAUUGAACAAUACACCUUAAAAUAGACAAACAUGUAAAUAUAUCAAAGAAUGUGUUUUUUCAUGUAUAUAUGUAAAAGCUAUUGUGGUGUAUGAAAUUGUACACCACAGAUUUCGAAUGCUACAUUGUUUAAAAUAAAUGAGCUAUAUUGGCCACUGUAUAGAAUGUUAAAUUUGCAGGAUGUGGCCGGCUGGUUCAGAGGUAAGGGCCGCUGAGCACCGCAGAGAACCUGGGUUCGAAUCCAGGUUUCGACCACUGCCUGUAAUUAAACCGGGUUCUCUCAAGUGUAGUGAGUUGAUGGUCUCAGCCCGGUCACCAGUGACUGCACACACACACACAAAAACCCAUUACAUUUGGUUUUGCACAUAAUUUAGCGAAAUUCCACCUCUGCGAAUUCAACAUCGGGUUUGACUGUCAUGUGCCCAAACGUUACUCCCAUAUGCAGAGCAGGUGGGGAAGCGCUGCCCCUCUUCCGCCUGGACCAGAGGUCACUUGAAAGGAUCUUGGAUUUAGCUCCGUGAUAUCCACUUCCGUGGGCGGUUCUCUUAACAGGAAGAGUUGCACUGCCUCUGAGAGAGUUGCGAGUGGAUUCUUCCGUCUCGUGCCACGACACCGAUAGCACAGUCACGUGAAAACUCGGGGGGGGGGGGGGGGAAGGGGGCGGGUGUAGCGGAAUUCCAAAAUAAUUUAAGAGAGUUUGUUUUAACUACUUUUUUUUCCCAUCCAUUUCCACUCCCAUUUCCAUUGUUAAUGGUUGGCAGAUCACUGCCCUUUUGAUGUCCCCUUUGGUUGGUACCGGCCAGAUAUUUGUGCUAAAUGAAAUUUGUAUUUUAUAUAUAUCUAUACAUAAAAAAGUAUGCUUCAUCUAGUGGGGCGCGCUGUGCACCCAGCUGAGCAGCCAAACGCUUCGAAGGGAGCGUUUUGUUUCCAUUGCAUUGUGACGUCAACUUUUUUCCUGGAAACAGAAUCGGUUGCAUGUAAAUUAAAUAUAACACGCAAGCAUACGACUCGGGAGCAAGGCUGUGUGUGUAUGUCCGAAGUGUGCUUGUAUCAGAAGUGUCCCUUUUGCCCCCCCCCACCCCCCCCCCCCAACAGUAUAAUACUGUCAGCAUGUUUUACUUAUGUCAGAACUGUGCUUAUAUAGGCUUCCUUAUAGUCUAGCUCUGCUUGAUGUUAAAUGUAUCGAAUUGGCCAGAAAGGCCUCUGGAAUUAUGAGUGGCUCGUAGUUAGAAAGUUACGAGUUAAAAUCCUGGUUGGAGGGGAGUUGAUUCGGCCAAUCAUCCCUCUGGAGUUGCUAAAAAUGAAUACCACUUUGUGAGGAAGUCUCUAGUGGUUGUCCUAUGGGUAGACUUGCCCCCACCAUAGGAAUGUGGAAUUUCCACCGCUGGCUCAGGGGCUGUAAGCAGGAGGAAGUAUCUUAGGGCUUGUUAAUAUUUUUUUCAAUGUAAUAACAUAACAGAAUUAUAUAUUAUUUGAAAUUUCUACAUUCGUGCAAAAAAAAACACCUGAACGGUGAUGACACGCCGCCAUGCUGGGGUGCACCUCUAGAUUGUUCACUGAUUGCUCUUGCCUCUGUCUGUGUGUUUACACCCCCGCCACCGCCACUGGCCCUGCCGUGACCCCUUCGUGCUGGUGACACGUUUGCAGAUACACAGCAGCACCAGUACGGGCAUGGACCUGGACCUGCACCUUUUUAGCGGACAAUCGUGCGACUCGGAAAAAAAAAACGAAAGCGCGCAGCGAAAAAAAAAAGAGCCGGCCCGCUAAACGGGGGGGGGGGGGGGGGGGUGGUGGGGGGGGACGAAAAGAAGGCCGCUUAAUAUUAGCGGCUCCUCUGCUCGAAGCUGAAGAGUGAAAAAGGACGGAGGGGAAAAAGCGAUGGAGAAAUCAGGGCUGGCAAACAGAAUCUCCUCCCCCCCCCUCUGCUUGCCUUUUCAGGGGGGGGGGCCUCCCCCGGCCUCUGGCUGCUGUUUUGAUUUGAAAACUGUUCGUGGGUUUCAGUGGCGAUUUUAUUUCACAGCGACGGGGUUGGGGAGCCGGGGGGGUCGUUGGUGGUGAUGGCGGCGGCGGCGGCCGGGGAGGUGGUGGAAGAUUUAAUUUAGUUUAACUUGAUUAAAAACAGCACGACGAUGGCGGGGGAAGCGUGGCUUUGCUUGAUGAGACGUAGUCUUAAAAAGAAAAGACUUGAGGCCUCCCCCCCCUCCGCCCCGCCGCCUCCUCGCCCCCCCCCCCCUGCUCUCCGUUGCACUCAUACUUGACGACGCGUGUGCUUUAUGCAACUGUGAGUAAAAAAAAACUAAAAAUAAUGAUUGAAGGGUCAAACUUGCAUCCUUUUUGUAAAGCUUUAUCAAUGCAGAAAGAUGCGAUGCCUCCUGCCCCACCCCCCCCCCCCCCCCCCCAAUCUUGGGGGCGGUGGGGGGAGGGCACCACGUAAGGUAAGUAUUUGCCUUGAAGCCGUACAAAGUCUGUAACAGUUAUCGUAUGAGAAAACGCGUGCGUGCACACACACACUUACACGAAUCUUUAAGUAGAGUAAGAAAAUAUAUAUAUAACAAUGGUGCAUUGUUACAAGUUGUAAAACGAUAUUUAAGGUUCCCAUUGUGAGUUAACGUUUUAAUGUGAAUAACCCAGAACGUUUUUAAAGACUUUCCACAGAAGAGGGAUGUGAAUCAUAGCGCAUUGUACUACUACAAGGACUCCCCUACUUACGAACACUCGACUUAGGAACUUUCAGAGAUACUAACAAACCCAUCCAUAUUUCAUGUAGAUGCCACAUGAAGAACCAGUGGCAUCAACAUCUGCAGAACAUGAAAACCAGUGGCAUCUACAGGAGAUGAUACAACCUUGAAAGGCAUUCCCCGUGUUUAGUGUACACGCCGUACAACACGUGUGGAAUCGACGGGAGUAAAGUUGGACUUGCGAAACAAAUCGACUUGCGAACAGACCUCUGGAACCUAACUCGUUCGUAAGUAGAGGAGUCGCUGUACUGCAAACUUGAAUAAUUGUUGCUCGCGUCACUCGUCCCAACCUUACACCCACCCCCCAUUUAGCCCUUUCACCCCCCUCCCUCCCACCCUGAGCAGAGAAGAAACUCUUGAAAGUGCUUUGUAUAGAAGUGUAUGUGCGUAUUGCCUACUUGUGAUGGAUUGACUCUAGGUGCCCACUUGCCCCCCUCCCCUCCGUGUCGUGUGCGUCGCCGGUCUGGGUGAGCGAUUCGGGCAGAGGUCUCCUUUACUUUUGACCAAAGUGGCAUCAACGCGGGCCAAAAGGGGCUGUAAUGCCACCCAUUAUCACUCUUCGGAGGAAGAUUUAAAAACUUAAAAAAACACACAAAUCUGUAUAAUGAUGUUAUUCUGUUAUAGGAAGAAUCCUAUCCUCCUAGCCGAUGUAUUCAUAGAACCGAAGCUCUUUGCCUAUUGUAAUAAACGCGUUGCGUGUAACAAACCUC